UUAGGUUCUUUUGGUAUGAAGGAAAAUGUUUUCAUGGAAAAUAAGUGGGGUGGUGGAAGGGGUUGGGGUGAGUAUAAUGGUGGCUUGAAAGAGGCUAUGAUGAUUUUGUCAAUUUUAAAUCCCUUCUGAGCUAAUUAUUCAGUUAUUUGAGAGAAUCUGACCGGCAUCUUGGCAGGGGACGCCCCGGUUUUUCUAGUGGUUUUUGCAGUCAAGGCGUGGUUGGACAGAUCUGAGACUCACUUUUUCUAUGUCAGUUUGGAAUGUAUUUUAUAUUUUAGGGUUUGUUUGGUUAAAGACUAGUUAGAGUUAUGCAGAAGAUGGUGUGUAUAAUUGACGGCUUGAAAGAGAUGAUGAUGAUUAUGUCAACUUUUCGUCCCCUUUUGAGCUGGUUAAUCAGGAAAUUUGAGGUUAUCCAAACCGAAUCUUGGCGGGGCAUGCUCCAGAAUUUCUGGGGGUUUUUGCAGCCAUAGCGUGGUUGGACUAUCUUUUCGCCUGAGCUUAAACACAGAUCUGAGCCUCAAUUUACCAGACCCCAUCACUGUAAGAACCCCAACAACCCUUUUGGCAAUUUUAAUGGAGGGAGUAUCAUUAAAGGUUUCAACAGUACUAUGCAAACAAAAGGUUAGGGAACAUGCACAAAGCAAAAGCUCAGAAGGCAAAGAAUUGAGGCUACAGAGAAAUGAGGAUUUUCAUUGAGAAGGAUUUUCUGCUGCCAUGGCGUCGUUGGACUCUCAUUUUGCCUGAGCUUAAACACAGAUCUGAGCCUCAAUUUACCCGACUCCAUUAAUGUAAGAAACCCAACAACCCUUUUGUCAAUUCUAACGGACGGAGUACUAUUAACAGCUUCAGGGUACUAUAUAAACUGAAGUUUAUGGAAAUGAAUAAAGCCAAAGCUUAGAAGGAAAAGAUUGAGGCUUACAGGGAGUUGAGGAUUUUUGUUGAAAGGGCGGUUGCCUCUCUCUGCAUUCAGCCUAUGAUUUCUCCAUUACUGUAAGAAAACCAACAACCCUUUUAUCAAUUUUAACGGAGGGAGUAACACAACAACAUACCCAGUGUGAUUAGAGUGUUCGCAGACCUUACCCCUACAUUUUGAGGUAGAGACGCUGUUUCCGUAGAACUUCGGUUCAAGAAAAGUUUUUUUUUUUUUUUUUAGUUUUAAAACUAAUAUUGAGAGCUAGUUUGGAUGGUUGUUACAUAUCAUUUUCUAAGGGUUUCUAUGUGCUUCUACUCUUUUUUUUCGUUCUUUUUUUUUAAUGCUUCCGCCGGAGCAUUGAAUGCUGCCGGUGGUGGUGGUGGUGAGUAUAAUCGGUGGCUUGAAGAGGCGAUGAUGAUUUUUAAUUCCCUUCUGAACCGAUUAGUCUGGCAUUUGAGAUUAUCCAACCGUAUCUUGCGCGGGGCGUGCCACCAGAGUUUCUGUGGUUUUUGCAGCCAUGGCGUCGUUGGACUCUCUUGUUGCCUGAGCUUACCACAGAUACGAGCCUCACUUUCUCUGCCAGUUUAUGGGAACAAAAGGUUAGUGAAAUGAAUAAAGCAAAAAAGCUCUUAAGGGAAAGAAUGAGGCUACAGAGAAAUGAGGAAUUUCAUUGAAAGGGUGGUUACCUCUCUUUGCAAUUUAGCCUAUUAUUUCUCAAAAACAACCCUUUCUAUAUCAAUUUGCAGUUUUGCCCUUAUUUUGUGGUGGUCUUUAAUUAACAACUCAUUUCGAUGGUUGUUACAUAUUGUUUAAAAAGAGGCUAUGAUGAUUUUGUAAAACAUUACUGGUAAAUUCCCUUCUGAGCUGAUUAAUUAAUUUGGGUAUUUUGAGAUGACCCGAUCCGUAUCUUGGCGGGGCAUGACCUGGUUUUAUCUGGUUUUUUUUUUUUGCAGCCAUGGCGUUGUUGUUGGACUCUCUGUUAUGCCUGAGCUUAAACACAGAUCUGAGCCUCACUUUAACUAAUGCCAUUUUGUAAACUAUUUAUUUUUAGGGUUUGUUUGGUUUAAGUAAGCAUUUUUGUCCAUUUUUAAUUACCUUCUGAGCUGAUCAAUCGGGUAUUUGAGAUAAUCCGACCCGUAACUUGGCGGGGCAUGCUUCCAAACUUUCUGGUGGUUUGUGCAGCCAUGGUGGCGUUGGACUCUCUUGUUGCCCAAGCUAAUUCAGAUAUGAGCCUCACUUUCUCUAUAUCAGUUGAGAAAAUAUUAUUUAGGGUUCGUUUGGUUUUGGAGACAUGCUAUGCAGGUGCUUGUGAGUAUAUUCCGGGAUGGAGUAUUAUUAUUAACUGAGUUGUUUGCACUUUUGCCCCUAUUUUGUGAUGGUCUUUAAUUAAACGGAAAAGGGUUAGAUUUGUCCCUGUACUCUCACAAAUAAGUAUAAUCGGAUGGCUUGAAAGAGGCGAUGAUGAUUUUGUAAAUUAUUAAUUCCCUUAUGAGCUGAUUAAUUGGGUAUUUGAGAUGACCCGACUCGUAUCUUGGCGUACCUUAGGGAAAUGAAAGAAACAAAAAUCUCAGAAAGGGAAAAGAAUGAGGCUAUAGAGAAAUGAGGAUUUUCAUUGAAAGGGUGGUUGCCUUUCUCUGCAUUUUGCCUAUGAUUUCUCCAUUACUUGUAAGAAUCCCAAACAACCCUUUUUAAACAAUUUUUAACGAAGGGAGUAUAUAUUAUUAAAAGGUCAUUUGCACUUCUGUUCCUAUUUUGUGCUGGUCUUUAAUUAAUAGCCCGUUUGGAUGGUUGUUACCUAUUGUUUCAAAGAGGCUAUGGUGAAUUUGUUAAAUAUAGUAAUUGCCUUAUGAGCUGAUCAAUUGGGUAUUUGAGAUGAUCUGACCUGUAUCUUGGCGGGGCAUUACCCGGGUUUUUGGUGGUUUUUGCAGCCAUGGCGUGUUGGAACUCUCUUGUUGCCCGAGCUUAAAUUAAACACAGAUCUGAGCCUCAUUUUGGGAAAUAUUUUAUUUUUAGGGUUUGUUUGGUUUAGAGCAUGUUUGGAUUUACUUAUUUUAGGUACUUUUAAGCCAAAAUAGAUUUUAAGCACUUACACUCUGUUUGGAUGGUCGUUACCCAUGUUUUCAUAAUAUACAGUAUCGUAUUGUAUAGCGGUGCUAUAUAAGCAAAACCUUAGGGAAAUGAAGAAAUCGAGAAGCUUAGAAGGGAAAGAAUGAGGCUACUGAGAGUUUAGGAAUUUUCAUUGAAUGGGUGGUUGCCUCUCUCUGCAUUUUUAGCCUAUGAUUUCUCCAUUUCACUGUAAGAAAAAUCCCAACAACCCUUUUUUUUUUUUAUCCGAAUCCGGAAAGUGGUGGUUUAGAGGAGCGUCUAGGUUGAGAGUAGGAUCUUGGAACAUUGGGACGUUAACGGGGAAGUCCAUAAAGCUAGUUAAGAUUCUUAAGAAGAGGAAGAUUAAUAUGGCUUGUAUCCAAGACACUAAAUGGGUAGGUCCUAAAGCUAAGGAGGUAGACGGGUAUAAGCUGUGGUUCUCUGGUAGGUCGAAGUGUAGAAAUGUGGUGGGCAUUUUAGUAGAUGGUGAAUUAAGGGAUCAGGUGGUAGAGGUUAGGAGAGCCACUGAUAGGAUGAUGUCGAUUAAGGUGGUCGUUGAAGGACUCACUGUGAACAUUAUUAGUGCAUAUGCGUCGCAAGCGGGUUUAGGCGACGAGGAGAAGAGGCGCUUUUGGGAGGAUUUGGACGAAUUAGUGGGAGGCAUACCGCCUACUGAGAAGUUAUUUGUGGGAGGUGAUUUCAAUGGACACAUCGGGCUUAUUUCGGGUGGUUAUGAUGAUGUGCAUGGAGGCUUUGGCUUCGGGGACAGGAAUGGAGGAGGAGUCUCACUUUUGGAUUUUGCAAGAGCUUCUGGGUUGGUGAUAGCCAAUUCGAGUUUCCCAAAGAAGGAGGAACACUUGGUAACCUUCCGUAGUUCGGUGGCUAAGACUCAGAUAGACUUUUUACAGAUAGACUUUUUACUCCUUAAGAAGGAUGAUAAAGGUCUGUGCAAAGAUUGUAAGGUCAUUCCGAGCGAAUAUCUUACAACCCGACAUAAGCUCUUGGUGAUGGAUUUAGCGAUCAAGAUGACGAGGAAGGAGAGGGUUGUGGAGGACCGACAUAGGAUCAGAUGGGGGAGUUUGACCACGAUUAGUGCCCUGGAGAUGGGAGAGAAAUUGAAGGAUAUGGGGGCCUGGGAUAGUAGUGGGGAUGCGACCAGUAUGUGGGAUAAGACGACUAGUUGCAUUAGGGUGGUAGCAAGGGAAGUGUUGGGGGUCUCGACAGGUAGUCGUGGUCAGCAUCGAGGGGACUGGUGGUGGAAUGGAGAAGUUCAAGGGAAGGUGAAAGCAAAGAAGGUGGCGUAUGCGAAGUUGAUAGAAAGCAAGGAUGAGGUGGAGAAGUGGACGAAUACAAAACUUUAUAAGAUGGCGAGGAAGGAGGCGAAGUUGGCGGUUUCGACGGCAAAAACGACAGCUUUUGAACGCAUGUAUGCUGAACUAGAAGAGAAAGGAGGGGACCAAAAAUUGUUCAGGCUAGCCAAGGCGAGGGAGAGAAAGGCACGUGAUGUGGAUCAAGUAAAGUGCAUCAAGGACGAGCAUGACAAAGUAUUGGUAGAGGAGACUCUCAUUAGACGGAGAUGGCAGUCAUACUUUUGCAAACUCUUGAAUGAAGAAGGGGACAGAGACAUUGUGUUGGGAGAAUUAGAACAUACAGGAAGGCGUCACGAUUUUGGGUAUUGCAGGAGUAUUAAGGUUGACGAGGUUAAGGGUGCUGUUCGUAGGAUGCGCAGGGGAAGAGCGACCGGACCUGACGAGAUUCCUGAGAAAUUCUGGAAGAGCGUGGGCCCGGCAUGUUUGGAGUGGCUGACUAGGUUGUUUAAUGUCAUCUUUAAGACGGCAUUGAUGCCCGAAGAAUGGAGGGCGAGUGUAAUGAUCCCUCUAUACAAGAAUAAGGGAGAUAUCCAGAGUUGCAACAACUAUAGAGGUAUCAAGCUGCUAAGCCAUACUAUGAAAGUGUGGGAAAGGGUGGUGGAGAUGAGGGUGAGGAGAGGUGUGUCUAUUUCAGAGAACCAGUUUGGAUUCAUGCCGGAACGCUCAACUACAGAAGCCAUCCACCUUGUGAGAAGGUUGGUGGAGUAGUAUAGGGAGAGGAAGAAGGACUUACACAUGGUAUUCAUCGACCUAGAAAAGGCUUAUGACAAAGUUCCAAGACAGAUCCUAUGGAAAUGCUUGGAGGCUAAAAGUGUACCUGUGACGUACAUUAGGGUGAUCAAGGACAUGUAUGAGGGAGCCAAAACCAGGGUAAAGACAGUAGGAGGAGACUCAGAGCACUUUCCAGUUGUGAUGGGGUUGCAUCAAGGAUCAACUCUUAGUCCGUUUUUAUUUGCCUUGGUGAUGGAUGAAUUGACACGGCAAAUUCAAGGUGAGGUGCCAUGGUGUAUGUUGUUCGCGGACGACAUAGUCCUGAUCGACGAGACUCGUAGCGGAGUUAACGCUAAGCUGGAGAGUUGGAGACAUACUCUGGAGUCUAAAGGGUUUAAGCUGAGUAGGACCAAGACAGAGUACUUGGAGUGUAAGUUCAGUGAAGCACCUCAGGAGGCUGGCUUGGAAGUGAGACUUGGUACCCAGGCCAUCCAGAAGAAAAGUAGUUUCAAGUACCUUGGGUCUAUUCUGCAAAGCUGCGGGGAGAUUGACGAUGAUGUCACACAUCGUAUUGGGGCAGGGUGGAUGAAAUGGACGCUUGCUUCCGGAGUGCUAUGUGACAAGAAGGUGCCACCAAAACUUAAGUGCAAGUUCUACAAAGUGGUGGUUAGACCGACUAUGUUGUAUGGGGCGGAGUGUUGGCCGGUUAAGAUCUCUCACGUUCAAAAGAUGAAAGUUGCCGAGAUAAGAAUGUUAAGAUGGAUGUGUGGCCACACUAGGAGUGACAGGAUUAGGAAUUAGCAUAUUCGGGAUAAGGUGGGGUGGCCUCGGUGGAAGAUAAGAUGCGAGAAGCGAGAUUGAGAUGGUUUGGGCAUGUGAAGAGGAGAGACACAGAUGCCCCAGUGCGGAGGUGUGAGAGGUUGGCCAUGGAUUGUUUCAGACGAGGUAGGGGUAGACCGAAAAAGUAUUGGGGAGAGGUAAUUAGACACGACAUGGCGCAACUACAGCUUACCGAGGACAUGACCUUAGAUAGGAGGGUUUGGAGGACCCAAAUUAGGGUAGAAGGCUAGUAGAUAGUCUCGUUUUCCGUUCUUAUUAGUAGUCACAUUAUCGCAAUAUAAUUUCUUCUGCUAUUAUCUGUUAUUUCCUGUGCUUUGAUUAUCCUGUGUUAUCUGUGUCGCUUGCAUUAUUUCAUUUCAUAUCGCUUUGAUUCUCUUAGCCUUAUCUAACUUCUUUUUAUGCUUUUAUUGAGCCGAGGGUCUUUCGGAAACAGCCGUCCUACCUUGGUAGGAGUAAGGUUUGCGUACACUCUACCCUCCCCAGACCCCACGAUGUGGGAUUUCACUGGGUUGUUGUUGUUGUAUUCGGAAAGUGGCGGUUUAACUAGAGCAGCCCAUUAGGCAUUCAUUGGGCUUGAAUGCCACCGGCCUGUUAUCUUUCCACUGCACAGAGCGGGAGCUAUUCGUUGCUCUGUGAGACCAGCCUCACACAGUCCACCCUACUUUAGGAGCCCAGCAGCCCAUGCUUUCGCUUGGGCCACGUGACCCAACUCUGUGCUUGGAUAGGGCAGGCCAGAGAGUAGCCAAACAAGUCCUACCUUCUGAGCAGGCCCAAUAUUCCACCACAUUAAUGUCCCCACUUGGGUUACAAGCCCGCACUACUGAGCUCGAAAAAUAAAAAUAAAAAACCCCAACUACCCUUUUUUAAUCAAUUUUAACAGAGGGAGUAUUAUUAUUAACUGGUCAUUAGCACAUUUGCCUCCUAUUUUGUGCUGGUCUAACAGCGUGUUUGGAUGGUUGUUAUAUAUGGUUUCAAAGGGUUUCUACGCCCUUCAACUCAUUAGUACUUUUGGCCCUAUUUUGUGCUGGUCUUUAAUUAAACGGAAAAGGGUCAGAUUUGUCCCUGUACUCUCACAACUAAGUAUAAUCGGAUGGCUUGAAAUAGGCGAUGAUGAUUUUGUAAAUUAUUAAUUCCCUUCUGAGCUGAUUAAUUCGGGUAUUUGAGAUAACCCGACCUGUAUCUUGGCGGGGCGUGAUCCGGGUUUUCCUAGUCACUGUCAUUUUUGGAAAUAUUUUUAUUUUAGUAGGCGUUUGGCCAUAGAAACCAAAUAUUUUUCACUUUAUUUGGAAUUUUUGAAGUUAGAGCUGAAGAUGGAGUUGUGUUUGGUUAUAGUUUUUGUAUAUAACAUCUGGCUGUUUGAAUGUAUUGAAAGUGAAAAAAAUGAAAAAUAGGGUUUUAGGUGUUCUCCAAGUUCCAAAUAGAAAUUCAAGUUAUAUUUUGAAUUUUCAUGACCAAGCUGAUUUUCAAAUAAAGUGAAUAAAUUUUCUAGAAAAAGUGAAUAAUUCUCAUGGCCAAACGGGUCCUAGGGUUCAUUUGGUUUAAACUCAAGUUAUGCCGGUGCUGGUGAGUAUAAUUGAGGGUUAGAUUUGCCCAUGUACUCUCACAAAUAAGUAUAAUUGGACGGCUUGAAACAGGCAAUGAUGAUUUUUAUCAAUUUUUAAUUCCCUUCUGAGCUGACUAAUUCGGGUAUUUGAGAUAAUCCGACCCAUAUCUUGGCGUGGCAUGAGCCGGUUUACCUGGUGGUUUUUGCAGCCAUGGCUUUGUUGGACUCUCUUUUUGCCUGAGCUUAACAAAGAUCUGAGCCUCAUUUUCUCUUAUCAUUUUGGGAAAUAUAUUUUACUUUUAGGGUUCGUUUGGUUUAGAGGGUGUUUGGAUUGGCUUAUUUAAGGUGCUCUUAAGCACUUACACUCUGUUUGGAUGGUCGUUACCCAUGGUUUCAUAAUGUACAGUAUUGUAUAGUAAUCGUAUGCAAGUGCCGGUGAGUAUAAUUGAUGGCUUAAGAACAAAGCAAAAAGCUCAGAAGGGAAAGAAUGAGGCUACAGAGAGUUUAAGGAUUUUCAUUGAAAGGAUGGUUGCCUCUCUCUGCAUUUAGCCAAUGAUUUCUCCAUUACUGUAAGAAAUCCCAACAACAACUUUUAUUAUCAAUUUUAAUGGAAGUAUAUUAUUAACGAGUCAUUUGCACUUUUGCCCCUAUUUUGUGCUGGUCUUUAAUUAAAUGGAAAAGGGUAGAUUUUCCCUGUACUCUGACAAAUAAGAUUGGAUUGCUUGAAAGAGGCGAUGAUGAUUUUUGUCAAUUCUAAUUCCCUUAUGAGCUGAUUAAUUAGGUAUUUGAGAUAACCCGACCUGUAUCUUUGCGGGGCAUGCCGUCAGAUUUUUCUGGUGGUUUUUGCAGCCAUGGCGUUGUUGGACUCUCUUUUUUCCCGAGCUUAACAGAGAUCUGAGCCUCAAUUUUUCUAUAUUCAGCUUGGAAUUCUUAUAUAUAUUUAGGGUGUUUGGUAUGAAGGAAAAUGUUUUCAUGGAAAAUAAGUUGGGGUGGUGGAAGCGGUGGGAGUGAGUAUAGUCGGUGGCUCGAAAGAGGCGUUGAUGAUUUUUGUCAAUUUUUAUUCCCUCUGAGCUGAUUAACGGGGCAUUUGAGAUUAUCCGACUCGUAUCUUGGCGGGGCAUGGCUCCAGAUUUUCUGGUGGUUUUUGCAGCCAUUGCGUCGAUGGACUCUCUUUUUGCCCAAGCUUAACACUGAUCUGAGCCUCACUUUAACUAUGUUCAUUUUGGGAAACAAAAGGUGAACAAAGCAAAAAGCUCAGAAGGGAAAGAAUGAGGCUACAGAGAAAUGAGGAUUUUCAUUGAAAGGGUGGUUGUCUCUCUCUGCAUUCAGCCAAUGAUUUCUCCAUUUCCCUGUAAGAAUCCCAACAACCCUUCUAUUCAAUUUUAACAGAGGGAGUAGUAUAUUAUUAAAAGGUCAUUUGCACUUUUGCCCCUAUUUUGUGCUGGUCUAACAGCUUGUUUGGAUGGUUGUUAUAUAUGAUUUCAAAGGGUUUCUAUGCCCUUCAACUCAUUUGCACUUUUGGGCUUUGGCCCUGUUUUGUGGUGGUCUUUAAUUAAACGGAAAAGGGUUAGAUUUACCACUCUACUCUCACAUAUAAUCGGGCAGCUUGAAAGAGGUGAUGAUGAUUUUGUAAAACAGUAUUGUAUUGUAUGUUAGGGCAUUUGAGGUUAUCUGACCCGUAUCUUGGCGGGGCAUGCUCCCAGAUUUUUCAGGUGGUUUUUGCAGCCAUGGCAUCGUUGGACUCUCUGUCAUGCCUGAGCUUAAACACAGUCUGAGCUUAUUAAUCGGGUAUUUGAGAUGAUCCGACCUGUAUCUUGGCGGGGCAUGCUGGCAGACUUUCUGGUGGUUUUUGCAGCGAUGGUGGCGUUGGACUCUCUUUAUGCCCGAGCUAACAGAUAUGAGCUUCACUUUCUCUGUAAGUUUAGGGAAAUAAAUUUAUGGAAAUGAAUAAAGCAAAAGCUCAAAAAGAAAAGAAUGAGGCUUACAGGGAGUUGAGGAUUUUUUUAGAAAGGGCGGUUGCCUCUCUCUGCAUUCAGCCAAUGAUUUCUCCAUUACUGUAAGAAACCCAACAUCCCUCUCAUCAAAUUUAACGUAGGGAGUAAAACAACAUACCCAGUGAUUAGAGUGUAUGCAGACCUUACCCUACCUUUUGAGGUGGAGAGGCUGUUACCGUUGACCGUCAGUUGAAGAAAAGUGUUUUCAAAACAGUUUUAAAACUAAUGAGGCAUAAUCCAAAAGCAGGCCCUCAAACUUGGCCUCGGCUGGCAAGUAUAUCCCUCCAACUUUGGGUGUGCACGGGUAGGCACCUCAACUUGUCUCCACUUUGUCAAUUGAACACUCCAACUUACAAAAUGAUCAUCUAGACACUCCAAAAUUUAUGUGCCACGUCCGUGCCAUUUCAGCAUUUAUGUUUACGUGUUCAACUAUAUACAAGUUGAGGUGCCUACUUGUGCACACCCAAAGUUGGAUGGUUGUUGCAUAUCAUUUCUAAGG